AUGGGGAGGGGGAAGAUAGUGAUUAGGAGGAUCGACAACUCGACGAACAGACAGGUGACGUUCUCGAAGCGGCGGGGCGGGCUGCUCAAGAAGGCGAAAGAGCUCUCCAUCCUCUGUGACGCCGAGGUCGGACUCGUCGUCUUCUCCAGCACCGGCAGGCUAUACGAGUUCUGCAGCACCAACAUGAAAUCUGUGAUAGACCGGUAUUCCAAGGCAAAAGAGGAGCAGCCAGCUGGCUUGGAUGCAACUUCACAAACUAAGCUCUGGCAAAGGGAGGCAGCAAGCUUGAGGCAGCAACUGCACAACUUGCAAGAAAGUCACAAGCAACUAAUGGGAGAGGAGCUUUCUAGCCUAGGUGUCACAGACCUGCAGGGUUUAGAGAAUCGGCUUGAAAUGAGUCUACGCAGCAUCAAAACAAGGAAGGACCACCUUAUGAGAAGUGAAAUUGAAGAGUUACACAGGAAGGGAAGUUUAAUCCACCAGGAAAACGUGGAACUCUGUCGAAGUUUGAACAUCAUGUCACAACAGAAAAUGGAACUGUCUAGACAGCUUCAGAGCUGUCAAGCGGCAAAUAAAAGCUCUAGCACUCCCUACAGCUUUUUACAAGCUGCGAAUAUCCCUGCUGAUGUUGAACCAAGUCAAUCACAACAAAAGGAACAUGGGCACAACAAAACAGGAGUUCCUGAAUUGGGGUAA